AUACUCGCCAUUGGCUGGCCCUGCAGUAGGGCACUCACGCUAAGGUGUCACCCGACGGCCAGCGACAGCCAGGAUCUGCUCUACCAAGAAAGAGACUUGAGGCUUUGGCAAACUCACCUCAUCCCAGCUCAAAUCGACUUAAUCUUUCAUUCCACCGCACAGCCUCAGCCUCAGCAUUGUUGGUCUCGCUCCCAACAACGGAGCCCACGACCGCCAGACUUUGCCAGUUCUUCCCAUUCUUCUACACAUUGUUAGGUGACAGAUCGUUGUAGCGGCAAGCAGAGGUAUCACACGAGGAUACCCCAAGUCCAUCAUCUGGUAUGUCCGCUACUCACAGCAACGCUCCGCCGCCAUACAGCGCGGCGAGCAAAUCAAACCACAUCAACCACAAUUCAUCACCACCACCACCACCACCACAACAACAACAACAACAACGACAGCAGCAGCCCAUCAUAAACCCAAACUCCACAACCUACCACCUCCGCAACCACGUCUCCUCCCUGCCCUCCCGCAUCCGGGACAGCCACAACGCCCGCGCAAACCGGCAUGCCAGCGACGACUCGGCCCUGCUCGAGGAGACCCUGGUCCCCCACGUCGAGGCCUUCCUCGCAGACCUCGGCUCCCGCCCCGUGGCGCCGCCCUCGGCCACGCUCGUCCUCUACCCGACCGCGGCGAUGCUGCUGGGCAACAGCUUCGACAGCAUCAGCGGGUUCGGCGCCGAGGCGGAGACGGGACGGGCCCGGCCCCGGACGCCGAAGUUGAGCGGGCUCGACGACAUGCAGCGGCACGGCGAGUUUGUGCGAGUCCAGGGCGUCGAAUCGUCGUCGUCGUCGUUGUCUGAGCCGAAGCCUGGGAACGACAAGCCGGGCCUUUAUGGGCACGGUUUCGGGGACGGCAAGGGUGGUAGUGGCAGCAGGGAGAAAGACUUGUUAUGGUGGAAAGACGAGGCGAUGGCCCGGAGACUAGCCGCGUACAUCCAGCCCAAGCCCGAGGAGGAUCCCAACCUGGCGCCACCGGCCUUCUUUGACGCCGACGUGGCGCGGCACGAGCAUCAGCAGCAGGAACAAGCGGGGGCCAAGAAGAGCAAGGACAAGAAAUCCUGGGGUCUCAAGAAGUUCAUCGGCGGCGGUGGCGGCAGCCGCUCACCACCAGCGGCAAGGGGUUAUGCCGUGCAGUCGAUCAAUGCCUCGGAGCUGGACACCAGGGCGAAGAUGACGGUCAAGGCGGAGGAGAUGACGUUCCGCGUCGAGAAUGACAUGGGGCUUUACGAGAGCUUCAACGGGUGGGCUUUGGUUGCUAGGGUGACUUUUCUACACGGUGAGGGAGAUCUCUGAAUAUUUGGGCGUCACGAUAAGAUGCAGCCAAUGCCUGGCUCAAAUGAGGGUAUAAAUUGACUAGAAGCGCAAUGACAAGCGGCUGGUAGCUAACUAGUCCUCUUCUCACGUAAAUAUUAAGCAGGUCGAGAGAACUGAAUUAGAGGCGCAUGGCAGC